CUAACUAAACUGUGCAUUGCAGGUCAUUUACACGCUUCACGCACUGUGUGUGUCAUAAUGAAACAAUACUAAAUUUCAGCACUUGUAGUUUUUUUCUUGACGUUGUGAACAUACAUGAGACUCAUCUAUAUUGACAUUUCGAAAACCGGGGCUUCCAGUUGCAAUGGCAGACACAGAUAUUUUUACCAUCGGUUCAACUGUAACCGUCACAACAGCUGUGCAGGAGGAAAUCACUGGGGAAGUUAUGGCUUUUGAUCAGAAAGCAAGAUUAUUGGUAUUAAAAAAGCCUGCGAGCAACAGUAAGACAACCACAUGCAACAUCCACACAAUCUACAUGAAUAAAGUGAAGAGCAUCCACAUAGCAGAUGAGCCAGAGAGCUCCACAACUCCUCCCCCCCUACCCGAGAUUUCUAUAUCUGUUUUGCGUAAGCGUCUGGACAAAGCAGUUCAAGAACGGAAGAGAAUCAAUGCUUCAAUGAACUGCAAAGCCCCCAAAGAUGGACAGCAGCUCUACCUUAGUAUAGCCAAGUGUUUUAAUGACACGCGGUGGAACGACAAUGCGGACAUAGUGGUAGAGGAGGGCGUGUUUAUUAACCCCCCAUACACUGCUGCCUGCGUGCACGCCAUUGACCCCUCCAACCCACAAUCCCCUAGAUUUGUAGAACUCAUCCAGAAAAUGGUCAACAGAUACCACAAAGAAAAGGAAAGACAACCUGAGCCCAGUACUGCAGAUUUGUCAAAGGCACCGCCGCCUAUCAUUGAAUCUGCCAGUGAAGCCUCAGCUCAACGUUAACAUAUGCUUAGGCAUAAAGAAACUCCGUGUGCUUGUUGACGCCCGUCUUUUGUACGCUGUCUGAUUCCAACAUCUGUGUUCGCAUUUAGGGCUGCAGCUUGAUUACCUGGGCUCCUUGA